GGAGACGACCUUGACCUUGUUAAUGAUUUUAGCCGGCUUUCGAAUUUGCAACCCUCCUCACCCCGUUUCCAAAAGUCCGCACCUGAACACAUCGGUGGCAAAGCAUGGUAACGCUAGGCCGGCCAGGCCAGCCGCCGACGCCACAAACUCGGCGAAGACGACGACGACGGCUCCAGCGUGGUCUGCCGAUGCGGUGCGCGCGGACGACAUACUCACGUACCACCAGGCCACGCCGUCUGCCGAGAGCGACAGGGAGGACGCCCACCCAAGUGGGGGAAGGUGGCAGCACAGCACAGCGCUGAUCUCUCGCCCUCAUACCAAAAAAUACACGGGGAACUGUUUGUUCAUUGGCUGUUGUUACUUUGGUCUAUGCAUUUGCGCUUCAGACAGUAGAAAGGAAACUAAUCUUGCACUAAAGGAAAUCACAAGGAAGGAAACCAAUCAAUCAUAAUUUUUCCAAUAACCUUUCGAUCCAUGAUAAAUGCUGAUACGAUACACAUGUGUAUUAACAGUAACAUAUGCACGCAUGUUUCCUGCCUGACACUGUCAUCGUCCUCCGCAGCCACUACUCCGCUCCCCGAUGCAGGGCCACAUGCUCCAGGCGUUGUGCAUCCCCGCCGUGAUUGUCUUUGCGAGCGCCCUGGUGCUGGUGGCCGCGGUGUUGUGCGCCGUCGCGGUGCGGGCGCUGCGGCGGGCGGCGGCGCGGGAGAUGGCGCUGAACGUCGACCUGGCCCGGCAGAAGGAGGCGCUGCGGCAGGCAGAGCGCAAGAGCAUGAAUAAGAGCAAUGCCUUUGCCAGCGCUAGCCACGACAUCCGGUCCGCGCUGUCCGCCAUCGCCGGGCUCGUGGACAUGUCCCGUCAGGAGGCGCAGUCGCUCCCCGCCGUCAUGGAAAACCUCGAUCAGAUGGGUGUCUGCACCAACAAGUUGUUCGAUAUCCUGAACUCAAUUCUAGACACAAGCAAGGUGGAGUCGGGGAAGAUGCAGCUAGAGGAAGCCGAGUUCAGCAUGGCAGACGUCCUGCAGGAGUCGGUGGACAUGGCCUACGUGACAGGCGUCCGGCGGGGAGUCGAGGUGGUCUGGGACCCCUGCGACUUCUCAGUCCUGAGAUGCGCGGCUGUCCUCGGGGACAGCAAGCGCCUCAAGCAGAUCCUAGACAACCUACUCGGCAACGCCCUCAAGUUCACCGAUGAAGGUCACGUCGUCCUUCGGAGCUGGGCGACCCGACCGAUCACCGGGAGCAAUGUCAGAGCUCCGUCAAGGUUUGUGCACCCACGGCACGGCGGCGGCGGCUUCUUGGGAUGCUUGUUCAGGGCAAGGAAGCGUCCUGGUGACCAGGAUCAUGUGCAGAAUGACCCCAAUUUGGUUGAGUUUUACUUUGAAGUGGUCGACACUGGCAUUGGGAUCCCCCAGGAGAAGAAGAUGUCCGUGUUCGAGAACUAUGUUCAGGUGAACAAUGGCCAAGGCGGCACGGGCUUGGGGCUCGGAAUCGUGCAAUCCUUUGUACGUCUGAUGGGAGGAGAGAUUAGCAUCAAGGACAAAGAGCCCGGAGAAAGGGGAACAUGCUUCGCGUUCAACGUGCUCCUGAGGAUAAGCGAGGUGCAACAGCCUCAAGACAUAGAAGAAGGACCGUCGGUUCCAUUAGGCACCCUGAACCGCUCCAUUUCCAUAGCCUCAGCGUUUCAAGAAGCCAGCAACUUCAAGGGCGUGCACUGCGUUCUCUACGUUCAUGGGUAUGAAACCAGGAGGAUCCUGCAGACGUGGAUGGAGAGCAUCGAGGUCAAGGUCUGGCUGGUUCCGCAAGCCGAGUUCAUCGGUUCCACCUUGGAGAAGGUGCAGAGCAAUAGCACGGCCACCGCUACCGCGGAAUGCGGCAGCGCCGACCGGUGCUUCAGCUCCAAGGAGAUGGUGAACCUGUUGAGGAACAACUCUAGUCCUAGGAGAGCCAUCCUCGGGGGGAUUCCUUCCGGUAUCCUUGUUGUCAUCGACGUGUCCGGUGGUGAAACGGAAGAAAUUUGCCAGGAGAUGGCCAAGCUUUCCAGGAUCAAGCAUCAAGCCCCAUGCAAAGUUGUUCUGCUCGAGGAUAUCAAGACCCCUUCCAAUGAUCUGAGGAGGCUCAAGGACAUGGGCUGCGAUCUCGUUUUGCGAAAGCCAGUGCACGGGUCUCGCCAGUUCACUCUCCUUAUGACCCUGAGAGACCUCCAAGUUUUAGAUGCACAGGCACAGUCUUCCCAUGUUGGCCCUGAGAUUGCUGGGAACAGCCAGCAACAAGAUUUGCCGGAUGUUGUUGUUCCUUGCGUGGAAGACACUGUUGCAUCAACUGAAGCUUCAUGCUUGGCUCAGAAGCCUGGAGAUGAUAAGCCGCUAGCCGGGAUGCGAAUCUUGCUGGCUGAAGACAAUCUAGUGCUGCAAUCAAUCCAAAGGAAAAUCAUGAACCAGCUUGGAGCAUUUGUCACAGUAGCUCAAAAUGGAACUAUGGCUGUGAACUUGCUCAGAGAAGCUCUUGAGCAAGCCAAUGCUUCAGAAGAGGAUAUAGUGUCCUUGCCCUACCAUGUCAUCUUCAUGGAUUGCCAGAUGCCCGGUAUGGAUGGCUAUGAAGCGACGAAACUCAUCCGCGAGGAAGAACAACGCUACGGAAUUCAUGCUCCGAUCAUCGCUUUGACCGCGCACGACAUGGAGGAGGAUCUGCAGAAGGCCAUCGAUGCUGGGAUGGAUCUUCACCUGGCAAAACCAAUAUCGCGGAAGAAGAUAGUGGACGCUGUUCGCAGUUUCUGCAAAUGUGAGAAUUGACAAAGCGUUUCUGCGUCGGGUGAAGAACUCUCAGGAAACCAGUGGUUUCAUUGACUAGGAUGGCGAUGAUCAGAGCUCACAACAUCCAUCUGGUCAUUAUAUAGUUAGCUCUGGUUCAGGAAGCUCUCUUGUUUUCUGUUGUCUGUGGCCUGCGGGGCUGUCACUUUGGCCUGCACUGAAGUGUAUCAGAUAUCUGUUUUAUAUAAACAUCUCUUCAAGUUUCUGGUCUCGUAUGUAUUUGCGCUUCAGGAAAUGCUGGCCAGUUGAUCUGAGUGCCUACAUUCUUAUGAUAAUAUAUGCUCUGGUAUUAUCUACAGUUCAGUACUUCGGCACUUGAAAAUGACGCCGAUUGAUC